GCGGGAGUUGGCAGUUCGACGGUCCUGGCGGUUAGCUGAGCAGGCCCUCUGAGCUGCAGGUGGACACCAGGCUCUCUGGUAGGCCUGGCCUACUCAGAAACAGCAGGAGAGAGAAAAAACAGGCCGGCUGUGAGAAGCCAAGGACACUGAGUCAGCCAUGGCACCUAAGGCAGCAAAGGGGGACAAGCCAGAGCCAGUGCCAGCUCCACCUCCAGCCAAAGACCAACCCCGAGAGGAUGAGGAGGACGAUGAGGAGGCAGCACCGAAGAAACCCAAGUCAGUGCAGCCCAAGCACGAAGUGGGCACGAGGAAGGGGUGUCGCCGCUACCGGUGGGAAUUAAAAGACAGCAAUAAAGAGUUCUGGCUCUUGGGGCACGCUGAGGUCAAGAUUCUGAGUGUGGUCUGCCUAAUAGUGGCAAUGAUGCUGUUCUCCUCACUCACCGUGCACCCCAUCUUGGGGCUUAUCAUCACCAUGGAGAUAUCUAUCUUCAGCUUCUUCAUCUUACUGUACAGCUUUGCCAUUAACAGAUACAUACCCUUCAUCCUGUGGCCAAUUUCUGACCUCUUCAAUGACUUGUUCGCCUUUGCGUUUCUUGUGGGAGCCAUGGUCUUCGCUGUGACAAGUCGGCAGUCCAUGCAUCUCCACUACUUACUUGGUGUGAUCCUUAUGGGUUUGGCUGCAUUUUUUGCUUUUAUCGAUGUGUGUCUUCAAAGAAACCACUUCAGAGGCAAGAGGGCCAAAAAGUAUACACUGGUUCCUCCUCCAGGAAAGGAAAAAGGACCCCAGCAAGGCAAGGAACCAGAGCCCGCCAAGCCACCGGAAGCUGCCAAGACACCGGAGCCGGCAAAGGGAAAGAAAUGACUUGGUGGGGACUCCUGGUGUCUGAAACAGCAGUGGAUUGUACAGCAAUGUUUCCACUCUCUGCCUUGUCUUCUUUCUAGAAUGGUUUUCUUUUCCAUUUUAAUUACCACCUUUGCUUGGAAAAGAAUAGAUUAAUAGAUUCUAAAAGCCUAAA